AUGGCUGCUCCGGGACAGAAGGUGGUGUUGAUCACGGGUUGUUCUUCAGGAAUAGGGCUGUGGAUUGCUACGCUGCUUGCUAAAGAUGAACAACGGAGGUAUUACGUCUUAGCUACGAUGAGGGACCUGAAGAAGAAAGAGCGGUUGUUGGAGGCGGUGGGUGAUGCGUACGGCAGAACUCUCUCUCUCCUCACGCUUGACGUGUGCAGUGACGAGUCUGUCUCAGAGUGUAUCAACAGCAUUAAAGACAGACACAUAGACAUUCUGAUUAAUAACGCAGGUGUGGGUCUGGUCAGCCCGGUGGAGUGUGUGUCCAUGGAGGAGGUGCGGAGUGUGUUUGAGACUAAUGUGUUCGGAGUGAUCAGGAUGAUUAAAGCCGUUGUUCCGGACAUGAAGAAACGCCGAGCGGGACACAUCAUCAUCAUCAGCAGCACCAUGGGCCUGCAAGGCGUGGUGUUUAACGAUGUCUACGCUGCGUCUAAGUUCGCUGUCGAGGGGUUUUCUGAAAGUCUUGCUGUGCAGCUGCUCAAGUUUAACAUCAUCGUAUCGAUGAUCGAGCCCGGGCCUGUCCACACUGAUUUCGAGCUGAAAAUGACGGAGCGUAUCUCUCAGAAAGACUACCCUGGACUUGAUGCUGAAACGCUGCACUACUUCAAGAAUGUUUAUCUCCCUGCAUCAGUGGACGUCUUUCAAACACUUGGGCAAACGCCCCAGCAGAUCGCCAUGAUCACAAAGCAGGUGAUUGAGACGCGGCCUCCUCGUUUCCGCACCCUCACGAACCCUCUGUACACGCCGCUGGUGGCUCUGAAGAUGGCCGACGAGGGCGGAGACCUGUCCGUACGCUCGCUUUAUCACCUGCUCUUUAACCUGGGCGGAGUCAUGAAGAUCAGCAUGAACACACUCAAGUGCCUCACCUGUGCGUGUUUACGGACUAGAACUGUCUCACCUGACUAACACACACACACACACACACAC